AUGAGACCUCCGCACCUUCACCUCUCCGCCGCCUCCGGCGCUCGGGUCCUGGCGAAGCUGCUGCUGCAGUUACUGAUGACGCAACUCUGGGCAGCCGAGGCGCUGCUGCUACCCGGAAACGACACUAGCUUGGACCCCGCAGCCUCUGGAGCCCCGUGCGCGCGCGGCUCACAGCCCUGGCAGGUGUCCCUCUUCAACGGACUCUCGUUCCACUGCGCGGGCGUCCUCGUGGACGAGAAUUGGGUGCUCACGGCCGCGCACUGCUGGAACAACAAGCCACUGUGGGCUCGAGUCGGGGAUGACCACCUACUGCUUCUCCAGGGCGAGCAGCUCCGCCGGACCAUCAAGUCUGUUAUCCACCCCAAAUACCACCAAGGCUCAGGCCCUAUCCUGCCGAGGCGAACAGAUGAGCAUGACCUCAUGCUGCUGAAGUUGGCCAGGUCUGCUGUGCUGGGACCCCGUGUCCAGAUCCUGAGGCUUCCCUAUCGCUGUGCCCAGCCUGGAGACCAGUGCCAUGUGGCUGGCUGGGGUACUACGGCCACCCGCAGAGUGAAGUACAACAAGGGCCUGAGCUGCUCCAGGGUCACCCUCCUGAGCCCUAAACAGUGUGAGGUCUUCUAUCCUGGUGUGGUCACCAACAACAUGCUAUGUGCUGGACUGGACCAGGGCCAGGAUCCUUGCCAGAGUGACUCGGGUGGCCCCCUGGUCUGUGAUGAGACACUUCAGGGCAUCCUCUCAUGGGGUGUUUACCCCUGUGGCUCUGCCCAGCACCCAGCUGUCUACACCCAGAUCUGCAAAUACAGCCCCUGGAUCAAGAAGAUCAUAAGCUCCCACUGA